AUGGCUGAUGAGAGAACUUGUAUAUCUGAAGAAGACAAGAGUGAAGGUAGCAAACCCUCUUCUCCAAGUCUUAGAAAACGUUCAUUCUUUGACUUGAACGAAGAAGCUGUGGAUGAUGGAGAUGAUACAAUAAGUGAUGGUCCCCUCAGUAACAAUGACAUAUCAUCUCAAGAAGGUAAUUUGAAUAGCAAUAAUAACUCAAGUGAUGAAGGGAAAGACCGUCCGACUACGGUUAGACAAUAUGUGCGUUCCAAAAUGCCAAGACUCCGUUGGACUCCUGAUCUCCAUUUAGCUUUUGUUCAUGCUGUUGAGAGGCUUGGUGGACAGGAAAGAGCAACUCCCAAGUUGGUUCUCCAGUUGAUGAAUGUGAGAGGACUUAGCAUUGCACAUGUAAAGAGCCAUUUGCAGAUGUAUCGAAGUAAAAAGCUUGAUGAGUCUGGCCAAGUUUUAUCACAAAAUAGGGCAAUGCAAGGAAGGGAUCAUAUUAUGGAUAUGUAUGAAAGAUUUAAUGUCUCACAACACUUUGGGGUUGAUAACGGGCACUUUCUGCCAUCAUCUCUGCUAACAAAACAACCACCUUAUGAAAUCAAUGAUCAUGGCUCUUCAAGAUUACACCCGGCAGGGUUUUUCAAUAGUCACAUGAUGAUAAGAUCAAGUUCGGUGUGGGACAAAGAAUUAUAUAAUUAUCAUUAUCAACGUAGUUCCUGCACUCCUAGCUGCACCGGCCACACCAAGUUUGAUGCUGAGGUUCAUGAUUUGAAAAAUCAAAUUUCAGAAUUCGCAAAUCAAGUUCAAGUAUCAAAACAAACCUACUUCAAAGCUCAGUUAGAAAAGUUGAAUGAGAAGAAAGAAUCACCAAGUUUCUUGGAGCUAAAGCUAAGUCAAGAUUCAGAAAAAUUAUCACAGAUGGUGUUAAUCUAA